AACCAACAAACAAACCAAUUAAGCUAGCUCUGAUGAUGAAUGAUGAUGAUUCCCCCGUGAGAUUGCUACCUCCAUUUGCUAAAGCCAAUCCCACCGAGAUCGCUUCUUCACCGGCGCUAGCUACCGUCGCCAUCACCUCCUCCUCCGACGCGCCAAGAGAGACCCGUGCUUUCUUGCUGCGUGGUAUAUACAAUUGCACACUUGCUCGAGCAAUUUAUUAGUAGGAGUAGUGUCGCUUCGUCCUCACUCUCACUCUCCUCCACUGAGCUAAGCUUAGCUUAGCUUAGCUUCUCCUCCCCGCUUCUUCUUCUUGCCCAUCCCACUCGCCGGCCGCCGCCAACCGGAGAGGAGGCAAGAACGGUGGUGCGACAAUGCAGCCGUUGCGGCCGAGCCCGGCGGCGGGCGGGUGGGCGGGGGUCGCCGGGGUGGGGCCCACCACCGUCGACGAGGCCUCCAUGGAGCGGAGCAAGAGCUUCGUCAAGGCACUGCAGGAGCUCAAGAACCUGCGGCCUCAGCUCUACUCCGCCUCCGAGUACUGCGAGAAAUCCUACCUCCACAGCGAGCAGAAGCAGAUGGUGCUGGAAAACCUGAAAGAUUAUGCUGUACGAGCUGUCGUCAAUGCUGUUGAUCACCUUGGUACUGUUGCAUACAAAUUAACGGACCUGUUUGAACAGCAAGCUUCUGAGGUCUCUACGGUUGAGCUGAAGGUUGCACGCUUAAACCAGCAAAUCCUCACCUGCCAAAUCUUCACCGACAGAGCAGGCCUCAGGCAGCAGAAGAUUGGUGGAACAACUUUUAAACAUCAUAAGCACUAUAUCCUACCAUCUACCGGUCAUAAAAGAACUCAAGCUGCACGCCUGCAAACAGACAAUGGUCAGGAUUCAAAACCUAAACCUUAUCCUUCAGCCAAGACCCUUUCAUGGCAUCUGUCUUCAGAGAACAGCAUUUCGACAACUGGAGCACAGAAAUAUACAUUUACACUAGGGGAUACUAUAUCGUCUAAACCUGCAUCAAAUGGUUCCAUGUACCUUCUAGGCAAGGACAUACCUGCUUCUCCCAUGCACAAGCCUCUGCAACCGAAUGGGAACACCAGUUUUGAUGCUAAGAAAAAUGUUGGUUCAAAGGACCAGCCUGGUUUCAUGCAUAUGUCGACAUUUAAUGCAUUGGACAAACCUAGAGGGCGUGAAAUCCAAAAGGUUCCAGUUAGCACUAAAAGCAUGCUAGCUACCCUCUUUAUCAAGCACAAGUCAGCAAAGACGAGAAAGGCCUCAGUUCGAUGAUUAGUUCCCGUUUGUGUGUGUGAAGUGAUAUCACUGUAAAGUUCAAGCAAGAGGCUUAUUGUAAAUCUGAUUUUCGCUUGUGCGGUUUAGAGCUGAAUGUGUAAGUGUCAAUUUUUCAGGUCAGCAUCAGUGGUGCCAUUCCUGUUGAUGAACAAAAUGUAGUAAUUCUGCAUCAGCGCCCAAUCAGUUCCAUGUUGUUGCUGUGCUAUUCUGCUUCUAAGAAGCCUCGGCUUUCAGCAGACAAUAAAAUUCAUAUUCGAAAUGGAGCUGCUGGCUUGUAGAGAUA